AGCUCUGCUAUGCUUGUUGAUGUGUUCAAAAGCCUUUUCUACGGGUAAAACAGUAAGAGGCAUAGCCAACAACAUUUCGUUUGCAAACUUUAUUCGACAUGAAGGCUUAAAGUUACAAUCAACUCCUUUGAAGACGAUCAAUGUCAAGUCAUCUGUUGAUUGCCUUAUCGAGUGUGCAUUUGUUGUUCAGUGUGUUUCUACCAAUGUUAAUGUCACUAAGGAUGUAAAGAAUCUGGUUGAAUGUCAGUUACUGGAUAAACGCAUGUACGAACAAAGUUGGAUUCAAGUUAAAGGUGUUGAUCACUAUACAAUACCGAGCAAGUGCAGCGUGGACUCGUGUAAAACAAUGGCAUGUGCAUCCCUGUUAAUGACAGCUAUCACUGCAAGUGUCUUCCAGGGACGAAAGGGAAGGAAUGUCAGAUUGAAGAUUUCCGYGACUGCGCACAACGGUUUUCUGCUGGAUUCAAGAAGAGUGGUGUCWACCAACUUACUCUGCCCACGAAGGCUAAUAUUCAAGUCUAUUGUGAUAUGGUAACUAGCGGUGGAGGGUGGACUCUAAUCCAAAGAAGACUAGAUGGCUCGGUUGAUUUUUUUCUUGGAUGGAAUGACUAUAAGAGAGGAUUUGGUAAUAAGUUCGGRGAAUAUUGGUUGGGACUGGAAGCUAUCCAUGUCAUGACGUCACGUGGCGGUUACCGGCUACGCGUAGACUUGGAAGAUUUCGAAGGCAACACGCGAUAUGCAGAGUACAACAUCUUUUCUGUAGCUGGAGAAUCAGACAGUUAUCGUCUUACAGUUUCAAACUAUUCAGGAAAUGCUGGAAAUUCUCUUCGUCAACACAAUGGCUACAAGUUCUCUACUAAAGACAAGGAUAAUGAUGCUARUCCGWAUGGAUCGUGUGCCUCACAGUUUUCUGGUGCGUGGUGGUAUUUUCUUUGUCAUGACUCGAAUCUGAAUGGUCUCUACCUUAACGGAACAAAUGAGCAAUAUGGAAAAGGUAUUACCUGGGCAGACUGGAAAGGACUCAAGUAUUCUUAUAAAAAGGCUGAAAUGAAGAUUCGCCCAAAUAUCGAUACCUGAUAAUCAAAMGCAAUUUGACAACUAUCAUACCAGAGAGA